AUGCUGACCACCACCUUUGCUCUCCUGGGUGCCGCCCUCGGCGCCAGCGCCCAUUACACCCUCCCCAAGGUCGGAAGCGGCUCCGACUGGCAGCACGUCCGCAGGGCCGACAAUUGGCAGAACAACGGCUUCGUUGGCGAUGUCAACUCGGCUCAGAUUCGCUGCUUCCAGUCGAGCUCUGCCGGUGCCCAAGAUGUUUACACCGUCUCGGCCGGUUCUACCGUGAAAUACUCCGCCAACCCCAACAUCUACCACCCGGGUCCCAUGCAGUUCUACCUAGCUCGCGUUCCCGAUGGACAGGACGUCAAGUCGUGGACCGGCGACGGCGCUGUGUGGUUCAAGGUGUACCACGAGCAACCCAACUUCGGCUCCCAGCUCACCUGGCCCAGCAACGGCAAGAGCUCGUUCGACGUCUCUAUCCCGAGCUGCAUCAAGGCCGGCAAGUACCUGCUCCGCGCUGAGCACAUCGGACUGCACGUCGCCCAGAGCUCAGGUGGUGCCCAGUUCUACAUCAGCUGCGCCCAGAUUGAGGUCACCGGUGGCGGCAGCACUGAGCCGUCCAACAAGGUCUCCUUCCCUGGCGCGUACAAGGCCUCGGACCCCGGUAUCCUGAUCAACAUCAACUGGCCCAUCCCGACCUCGUACCAGAACCCCGGCCCCCCGGUCUUCAAGUGCUAA